AUGGACUUCAUCUUUGAUAUCCCCAAAUUGAUGAACAAAAAUGGAGGUUUGCUUAAACAAAAAUCGCGAUUCACAGUGAGUCUCUUGUCUCGAUCGGACGAAGCAAAUAAGAAGGGGAAUGCAAUCACCUUCAAAUUAGAGUUGUUGCUGGACAGAGAGGAUCGACGGAAGCAGAAUUCGGAGGUGGUGAUGGUUCACAAUAGUGGCAGCAACGAGGUGGUGGUCAGUGACGGGUGGCUAGCGAUAACAGCUCCACUGCCUCAUUCCCUUUUACAUUUGGCAGCACACGACGGGGAAGACGAAGGAGGAUGGGAGAGUUUGGUGGUGGUCAAAAACUAUGGUGGUAGGAGGGUAAUAACGACCACAAGCAGUGGCGGCCGUGGGUGA